AGCCAGGCCUUAGUGCGCCUCUCCGGGAGGGCGGCUCCAGCGCCAGGAGCAAGCGGAGGGCGGAGCUGAGCGGAGUGGCCAGGGGAGGAGAGAGUGUCCAGAGAGGCUGGUUGAACUUGGACGCGGCCCCUCCCAGCUCCCCCCACAGCCCAGCUGUUCCCUCCGCGGAUUCUCCGGGGCUGGUUCAUCACCUCCGAAUAUUCCUGUGACAGGAGACGCUUGCAAAACCCGCCUCCAGUCUCCAGCAGCAAAUAAAUAGAAGGCUUGCAGCCCAGGAGGAGCCAGAAGAAGUUUCUAGGCGCGUGUGCCCUGGGUUUAUUAAGCUCCUGGCUCCGCUCUAGACCUCAGCGGCUCUGGCUGCCAGCCUGGGCAGCCUGGGAGGACGGCGGCUUGCUGGUCUGUCGUGAGGCAGUGCGGAGAGGGGCCCUCUGGGAUUCUGCUGGACCUGCCUGGGGGUCACCUUUGGGGUCUGGGACCCCAGCUGAGGGGGCACAACCGUCCCUGGCAGUGGUUGGUUCUGCUUCUCCCUGCAGAAAAGCAGCAUUUUCGGAAGCUGAAGAAUAAGCUAACCCAGCCACACCACCUUGUUGAGUGACCUUGGGCAGGUGGUUCUGUCUCUCUGAGCCUCUGUUUCCCUCUGAGCUCAGCAGCCACCAUGGCUGAUGGUCAGAUGCCCUUCUCCUGCCACUACCCAAGCCGCCUGCGCCGAGACCCCUUCCGGGACUCUCCCCUCUCCUCUCGCCUGCUGGAUGAUGGCUUUGGCAUGGACCCCUUCCCAGACGACUUGACGGCCUCUUGGCCCGACUGGGCUCUGCCUCGUCUCUCCUCCGCCUGGCCAGGCACCCUAAGGUCUGGCAUGGUGCCCCGGGGCCCCACUGCCACCGCCAGGUUUGGGGUACCUGCCGAGGGCCGGACCCCCCCGCCCUUCCCUGGGGAGCCCUGGAAAGUGUGUGUGAAUGUGCACAGCUUCAAGCCAGAGGAGUUGAUGGUGAAGACCAAAGAUGGAUAUGUGGAGGUGUCUGGCAAACACGAAGAGAAACAGCAAGAAGGUGGCAUCGUUUCUAAGAACUUCACAAAGAAAAUCCAGCUUCCUGCAGAGGUGGAUCCUGUGACAGUGUUUGCCUCACUUUCCCCAGAGGGUCUACUGAUCAUCGAAGCUCCCCAGGUCCCUCCUUAUUCAACAUUUGGAGAGAGCAGUUUCAACAACGAGCUUCCCCAGGACAGCCAGGAAGUCACCUGUACCUGAGAUGCCAGUACUGGCCCAUCCUUGUUUUGUCCCCAACCCUAGGGCUUCUCUGAUUCCAGGGUACAUUACUUUAGCUGAACUCAGAUUUAGUGCAAGUAAAAUGUUGGGGGGUGCGGGGGUGGGGACUGACCACAGAUUCCCUGGAUAGUGUAGUGGUAGAUUUUUCCACAAGAUAGCGCAAUUGGCAAACCAUGCUUGGUUGCGUUAGGACAAAAUCCUAGUUUUUCUUUCUUUACCUUUUCUAUCUUGAUGAAAAUGUUGCACAUUCUAUAGUUGCAAAACACAUAAAAGGGGACUUAACAUUUCACGUUGUAUCUUACCUUGCAGUGAAUGCAAGGGUUACUUUUCUCUGGGGACCUCCCCCAUUACCCAGGUUCCUACUCUGGACUCCCAAUUCCCAUGGCUCCCAAACCAUGCUGCAUGGUUUGGUUAAUGAAAUCCAGUAGCUAACCCCACUGUACUUCCACAUGCCUGGCCUACAAAGGGUGAUAUACAGGUCUUAUAUCCCUAUACGGAAUUUGUCCAUCAAUCACAUAAAAACAAACAGUGCCUUCUGCCCUCUGCCCAGAUAUUUCCAGCAUGUUCCCAAGGUUUCCAAGUUAGCCCUCCCUAAGGACUCUGGGAGCCUCUCAGUUUAUGAUCUGGCCAAGGUCCCCAUUUUCUUCUGUCCCCUAUAUUUAAGUCGGGAUUUUUACAGAGGGAGCUGUCUCCAGACAGCUCCAUCAGGAACCAAGCAAAGGCCAGAUAGCCUGACAGAUAGGCUAGUGGUAUUGUGUAUACGGGAGGGACGUGUGUGUCAUUGUUAUUUGAGUUAUGCUGUUGUUUAGGGGGAAAUAACAGUAAAUAAUUAAUAACAAUAAUAAUAAAGGAGCUGACGUUCUUA